CACUGGAAUUUGGAAUGGCAAAGAUGAACUGCCAAUUGAGAUAGACCUCGGCCAAGAUAACAGAUACCAUAGUGUGUUUGCUUGCCCCAUUCUGAGGCAGCAGAGCACAGAUCUGAACCCUCCCAUGAGACUGGUCUGUGGACAUGUCAUCUCACGGGAUGCUCUCAACAAACUGGGCAGCACUAACAAAUUGAAGUGCCCUUAUUGCCCACUUGAGCAGAAUCCUAGUGAAGCCCGGCUAAUUUUCUUCUAAUAAAUCCAGUUGUUAGAGCACAAUGGUUCGGGUGCAAUAUACAUAUAAAUAUAUUUUUAUGUACAUAUAUAAGCAUAUGAUAUGUUGUGAUAUGGCCUAGUGUAGAAAUGAACAUGACGAUAAUGGGGUUUCUCAAAAAGUGUUUUGUUCUGUGCAGCCUUCUCUUGGUUCUCAAAGGAGAGUUAAUUUACAUAUAAAAAGAUCUAAGUUAAUAUAGAUAUAGAAUAUUGCAGGAAUCAAUCUGCACUGUGUACAAAAUCUUUUCAAGUAAUUCUUUUUAUUAAAAUCCAAAUAUUUGACAUCAACAUUGAAAUGCUAACCACAACUUUGUUCCUAUUACAGCUAAUUAUGUUAAAUACUUGGUUGCUUACAUUCAUUUCUAACUUAAACAAAUUAGUUAAUUGUUAGUGGUUGGAAAUGGAAAUGUAUUUUCCAAAACAAAUGUUAUGUUAGUUUUUAUGCAUGAUAAGUCAGUAUUUUUCAUUGGAAGGUUUUUUCAAUUUUGAAACUAAUUUGAGAAAAGUGUUUACUAACAUUAGCUCUUUUUGUACAAAACGUUUUAAUUUGUUCUAAUGUUAUCUUUAAAUUAUUUUGUAUCGUUCUAAAGUUAUUACUAUAUUAUUGAAUCAAAGAAAUAAGUAUAUUACAAUCUGGUACCUAUAUUUAGGUAUAUAGGCACUAUAACUUAAUGAUAAAUAGUAUCAGGAUUAAAAUAAGCCAAGAUUAGAUGAUUAUUGGAAUGUAAAAAGUUUUGAGUUGUGCUCUAUGUUAUAUUAUUCAUUAGUAUUAUCGUUAAAGAGUUUUUUAUGGCAUGAAAUACCAUUAUGUAAUGUAUUUUACGUUAAAUAAAAACUAUCUUUAUGCUGCUAAUGUUAUAUGAUCACUUUUAUCAGCAUAUAGGAAUCUUAUUGCAUCUGUAGGUUUUUAUGUAUAAUUCUGCUACCUUGACUGCCAAAUAAUAUAUACUCAAAAUGUUGUAUGGUAUGUAAAGUAUAUGAUUAAUUAAAAAAAUAAAGAUUGGGAUUUAAAACCAAUGCUAAGAUUAUGAUAUAUGAUUUUUAGGUUAAUUUUGAAAUAUACCUUAAAAAUGUGCACUAUAAAUAUCCUGUUUAAUUUUUUAUAUGCAGACAUUUCAAUUGACAUUACAGUAAUAAUAUUGUUACUAUAUAAUUUAGAAUAGGAAAUGUACCUGUAUUUUUAAAAUAGAAUUCACAUUUGAUACACAGUGGAUAAAGUACCAUUCUGACAUGAAAGUAAACCUGUUUUAUUAAAUAGA